AUGGAACCAAAAGGGCCAACACCGAGUCCCGGGUACAACGUCCCUGAGGGGGUGGACACCAGAGGGCGUUACGAUGCCCAAUUCGCCAAGAUCCUCACCAAGGACGCCCUGCGGUUCGUCGCCGAUCUGCAGAGGGAGUUCCGGGGCCCCAUCAGGUACGCCAUGGAGUGCCGCCGCGACACCAAGUGACGCUACAAAACGGGCGUGCCGCCCGGGUUUGACCCCGCCACCAGGUACGUGAGGGAAGGAGAGUGGACGUGCGCGCCAGUCCCGCCGGCCGUGGCCGACCGGAGGGUAGAGAUCACUGGCCCCGUCGAGCGCAAGAUGGUCAUCAACGCGCUCAACUCCGGCGCCAAAGUUUUCAUGGCAGACUUCGAAGAUGCGCUAUCCCCGAGCUGGGAGAACCUGAUGAGAGGGCAAGCGAACCUGAAGGAUGCGGUGGAUGGGACCAUAAUGUUCCACGACAAGGACCGAAACAGGGUCUACAAGCUCAAUGACCAGAUUGCCAAGCUCUUUGUCAGGCCCCGGGGUUGGCACCUGCCCGAGUCUCACAUCCUCAUUGACGGCGAGCCUGCGACUGGUUGCCUCGUCGACUUUGGCCUCUACUUCUUCCACAACUAUGCCUCGUUCAGGAAAACGCAGGGUGCGGGGUUCGGGCCCUUCUUCUAUCUCCCUAAGAUGGAGCAUUCCAGGGAAGCCAAGAUAUGGAACUGCGUCUUUGAGGGGGCGGAGAAGAUGGCAGGUAUCGAGAGAGGGAGCAUAAGGGCAACAGUGUUGAUAGAGACGCUACCCGCAGUGUUCCAGAUGGACGAGAUACUGUACGAGCUGAGGGAUCACUCGGCCGGCUUGAACUGCGGAGGAGCAUGGGACUACAUCUUUAGCUAUGUCAAGACCUUCCAGGCUCAUCCCGAUCGCCUCCUGCCUGACAGAGUUCUGGUGGGGAUGACCCAGCACUUCAUGAGGUCUUACUCCGAUCUCCUCAUCCGGACUUGCCAUCGGCGCGGUGUUCAUGCCAUGGGAGGCAUGGCAGCUCAAAUCCCGAGCAGAGAUGAUUCGGCGGAUAAUGAGGCGGCACUGGAUCUAGUAAGGAAGGACAAACUCAGAGAAGUCAGGGCCGGGCACGACGGGACAUGGGCCGCGCACCCAGGGUUAAUCCCGGUGGUAAUGGAAGUCUUCACGAAUCACAUGGGCAACGCGCCGCACCAGAUCCAAUCUGUCAAGAGAGAGGACGCGGCCAACAUAACUGAGGAAGACCUCCUCCAGAGGCCGAGAGGGGUCCGGACUUUGGAAGGCCUCUGGCUCAACACUAGGGUCGGAAUCCAAUACCUGGCGGCCUGGCUCACAGGAACAGGGUCGGUACCCCUCUACAAUCUCAUGGAGGAUGCCGCAACUGCCUAGAUCAGCCGAGUCCAGAACUGGCAGUGGCUGAAGUACGGCGUGGAGCUGGACGGAGACGGGGUUGGAGUGAGAGUGAGCUUGGACCUGUUCGGAAGGGUGGUGGAGGAAGAGAUGGCCAGGAUUGAGAGAGAGGUUGGGAACGACAAGUUCAAGAAGGGAUUGUACAAGGAGGCUGGCAAGAUGUUCACGAGGCAAUGCACUGCGCCGGUGCUGGACGAUUUCCUGACGCUCGACACCUACAAUCACAUCGUCCUGCAUCAUCCUAGGGGGUCUUCCAGGCUCUGA